UGUCAUGAAAUUAACAGCAAAUGUUUGAAUAGGCAAAUUUACAGUGAUGCAAUGACGAACAUACUUAAUAUUCAUAAUCUCUGCCCUUUCCACAAGCCAUAAAUAACACAUGAGCACAUAAAGUAUAACUGUACUGAUUAAAACUCAUGUGAGCUUCAGACUGCCCACAAUCCAGGACCGGUUCUUCUACUACAAGAUCCUUCCUCAUUAAGGACCGUAAAAUGAACUCAACGAUCUGGAUUGUGGAUAGUUAUGAAGAAGCUCUUGCUAAAAACAUUGUGAUUGUUUGCCUUGCUCUUAUCAUUAAUGUCAUUAACGGAAUGUUAGUAGUGACUUUCUUCUCCAGUCCAAUGUUUUCAAGAGACUCCAGAUACAUUUUAUACAUUCACCUGGUAAUCAAUGACAUGCUCAUGAUAUUUGUAUCAGUGAUUUUAUAUGUGUUGUCCUAUGCUUCACCACUUGUAAAUGCUUCAGUGUGUUGCAUAUUGGUGGUUCUUGGUUCAACCACCUUUAUGAUCACUCCUUUGAAUCUGGCUGGUAUGGCCAUAGAACGGUUCAUUGCGAUCUGUAAACCACUGCAUCACUCUCAGAUUUGCACUCCACAAAGGACCUACAUCUUUUUAUGCUUGCUAUGGGUUUUAGGAGCUAUACCUUCUCUGUCAGAUAUCAUUAUUUUAUUUUCAAUUCAGCCCAUAUCUUCCUUCAGGUCUCUUGUACUUUGCUAUCCAUUCAGUUUGUUCCCUUAUAAAGCCCACAAGGAUCGCACCACUGCUUCACAAGUCAUCUAUAUGUCUUUGGUGUGGAUAAUUCUCAUUUAUACUUAUUGCAGAGUCCUGUUCACUGCCAGAAAGGCAGUUUCAAAGGGUUCAGCUAAUAAGGCUCGGAGUACUAUAAUGUUACAUGGUGUCCAGUUACUUCUUUGUAUGCUUUCCUAUAUCGCUCCUGUUUUGGAUAUGAUUGUCACUCCUUUCUUUCCUUUUCACAGAACUAAGAUCACUUUCUUUAAUUAUCUAAUCACAAAUAUUAUACCAAGAUUACUAAGUCCUUUGAUAUAUGGUGUCCGAGACCAGAAGUUUGUGAAGCAAAUGAAGGAAUACUUUACUUGUAAAGUUAUUAUUGUAAGGAUUGUGCCAUCAAAAUUUUGAUUUUUAUUUAGCUACAUUUUAUUUAAAAACAAAAUGUAUAUAUAUUUGCAUUUCUGUUUAUGACAUUUGCAUUUGAGAAUCUUUACAGUGGCCUAAAAAUUUUUUGACAAACUUGAAGGUGUAUGAAAAUGAUUGAAUAAGAUAACAAAAUAUCAAACGUGGCAUACAAACAAAUGGUGAAUCAACUUUGCUCAGAACUAACUUCACUUUUCUGAGUCAUUUCGUUCAAUGUCUUUUCAUCAGCUGGUGUUUUGGUGAUUUUUAGUGGAUGUACUGUAUGAAAUCAGUUCUCCUGAAGUUCACACAGUAUGUAGUUAAUCACAUUAACUAUGGAAAUGAUCUAUUAAGAAAUCACAACUACAAAUUUUGUCUUUAUUUUGAACAGUAUCUAUUGUUUUAUCAAUUAAAAUGUCUUCAUAACCAAACUAGUUUUAAAAUGAACAAUUUGGGAAACUCCUUAUUAAUGUUGAUGAUAGUACUGUAUUAUGAUUAAUAUUUUUAAUAAAAUAUAUAGCAGUGUAAA